UGGACAAGGAAAAGGUGGACGAAGAAGCAGCCAGUGCUCCUCCAGAGUUGGCACUAGGCAGCCAGGUAGGCAGAGAUGGCUGCGCCCGUGGAGUGCAGCCGUGGCGGAGGCGGGGGGCUUUCUCGGUGUCCGCGGACGGCGAAGUCUUGGUGGCGGCUCGCGGUGCUCCUGUUCUCCCUGUCCUCCCUGCCGACGGUCACGGCACUGGUGGAGGGCCUGUACUGCGGCACGGAGGUGUGCUACGACGUGCUUGGCGUUACUCGGGAGGCCGCCAAAGCGGAGAUAGCCAGGGCUUACCGGCAGCUGGCCCGCCGGUACCACCCGGACCGGUUCAGGCUGGGAGAGCCCGGCUCGGAGGGGGAGACUCUGGAAUCCGCACACAAGAAGUUCUUGCUCAUUGCCACCGCUUACGAGACCUUAAAGGAUGAGGACACACGGCGGGAUUAUGACUACAUGCUGGACCAUCCCGAAGAGUACUACCAGCACUACUACACCUACUACCGCCGACAGCUCACGCCCAAAGUAGACGUCAGGGUUGUCAUCCUGGUCACCAUCUGUGCCAUCUCAAUUUUCCAGUAUUACAGCUGGCACAGCAGUUACAAUGAGGCCAUCAACUACCUGGUGACGGUGCCCAAGUAUCGAAUCCAGGCCACGGAGAUUGCCAAGCAGCAAGGCCUCCUCAACCGCACCAAGGAGAAGGGCAAGAACCGCCGCUCCAAGGAGGAGAUCCGGGAGCAGGAUGAGGAGGUGAUCCGUGACAUAAUCAAAAACAAGAUCGACAUCAAGGGAGGCUACCAGAAGCCCAACCUGUCAGACAUCUUGCUUUGCCAGAUCGUGCUCUUCCCCUACUACCUAACUAACUACGUGACCUGGUACGUCUCCUGGAUCUACCGCUUCACCAUCUGCAGGGAGAGCUACGGAGACGAGGAGAAGCUCUACAUCAUCAGGAGGUAUAUGAAGAUGUCCCAGUCUCAGUUUGACAGUCUGGAGGAAAAGACCAGACAGUCGUACCUGGAGAAGCAGCUCUGGAUCAAAGAAAACUAUGAGGUGUACAGAAAAGAGCAGGAGGAGGAGAUGAAGGUGAAGAUGGCGACUGACCCAAGGAUGAAAAGGUACCGGCGCUGGAUGAGGAACGAGGGGCCAGGCCGGCUGACCUUCAUCGACGACUAACGGCCUUGACGUCCGUCCAUAGCAUUCACAUCUGCCUCAGUGCCAGCACAGACGGACACGCAUGCCGCGCUGUGUGGAGAGAUAUCUAUUCAAAAAGAUUACCUAUGCCUGUUUGUAUAGCGAGAGAUAUUUUCAUAGCGAUCAGGCCUCAGAGAGGGGAUGACUGAGAGGAAUUAACUGUGAACUGAGACUUCAGAUUAUGGAGUAACCUUUCAUGCUCUUUUUUCCCCACAAACAAAGUACAGUUCAUCUUUAACGAAGUUUAAUGAGUUUGUCAUUUUUUUGUUGUUUUUUUCCUGCUGGUAAAAACUGAUGGAUCGGUGAGUUUUGGUGCCUGAGUUCUUGUGAAAUGAUUAUUUGCUGGAUAAGCAACCAGAAUGCUACAAGUGUCCUUUGGGCAGGCCAACGACAAACAGUAGAACACUGAGUCUGCUCAUGAACUGGUACGUACCAGAUGGAUGCUUUGAGCCAGUUCAGUCAUCUUUCUUAUUUCUCAAGAAAAAGGAACAAGCACACAGUUGCUCAGUUAUCUAGUAAAUGGAAACCAAAGUCGCAGAUGUCAUUUAUCUGUAUACUGGCCAGCAGCAGAUGUUUAUCAGCGUGGGGAUCCAUUAUUGUGGUUUCUGCUCUGUCCCUUCAGAGGUUAAAGAAGCUGCUGGAUGUUUGCUGUAUUUUGAAUGACUCGGUAAACCACCUCUCUGUGUGUGCGUGCUUAUAUGAGAGUGAGAGAAACCUUUGAACUAAUCUGCUGACAUAUCUUUACUUGUGGAGGGCUCAAACUUGUCUAUGAGCCAAUUGUGAACUCACGGCAGGGAUGACACCCAUGAACAGCGAGCUAGAAAAAAUGCUGUGUCCCAGUUCUUCUGCAUCCAUGGUUCAAAGUCACACUGGACAUCUGCUCAUUAGCUUUUUCAGGUUGGUGCAGUGUUAUUUUUUUACGAAACCUGUAGUAUCCAUAAUAAUCCUUCAGAGCUACAAAGAGGAAAGGGAAAUGGAUUAAUAGUUCCUCACUGAAAUUAAAGAUAUACAUUUGAUCUAAACCAGGGGUGUCAAACUGAUUUUAGUUCAUGCAGGGGCUGUGUACAGCCCAGUUUGAUCUCAAGGGGACUGGGCCAUUAACAUUAUCGACUUAUACAUAAUUACAACUCAAAAUGUUUCCCUUUGUUUUAGUGCAAAAAAAACAUUAAACAUUAUUAAAGUGUUUACAUUUCA